CUCAGCUUAUCUAAAGAAAAAGAAAAAAUAGAAAAAAUCCGUAACCGAGAAGAGAGGCUUCUUCUUCUUCUCCUUCUCUUACAAAAAAUGAUUUCGGUUCGAGCCGUUAACUCUUGCUCUAUAUUUCGCUCAUCACCUCCCGUUUCUUCCUUCCGCUGCCGUCUCAAUAGCCAUUUGAGGACCACCACCUCCUCCUCGCACCAUGACCGCUACUCCAAAUCAGGCUUUGGCUUCCCUAUGUUCCGGUUCGACCUUCCAAGUCUUUGUCAUGGCGAUAUACGAAGGUACUCCCUUCAAAGUUUCGUUGAUACGGUGUUGGAAGAGCUGGCUUCUUAUCGCAAACGCAAACGCCAAGGCAUUUGCUCUGCUAUCAAAUUAACGACGGGUGGAGAGGCUUUAGAUGAUAAACUGGUGAACCAAGCGGUGGAGAAAGGAUUAUUAGUGGAGUUCAAGAAGGAUUCAGAGAGAGUAUUGCUGGCAGUGGUGCAGAGACGUGAUGGAAAGAAGAAUUGGAUGGUGUACGAUCAGAAUGGUGUUACUUCCUCGAUUAAACCCCAACAAAUUACUUAUAUUGUUCCCGGUGUUGAUAAUUUUGACCAAACCCAAAUCUCAAGCUUUAUUCAGAAAGCUCAGCAAAACUUGGACUCCUCGUUGCUUGAGUUUGCUUGGAUUGAGCUUCUUGAAAAGAAUAAGUCAGUUACACCAGAAGAAUUAGCCGAGAUGAUUUUUGGCAGCGUGGAGCCUCUUGAAAGUUAUUGUGCCCAUCUUUUGCUAUCAAAGGAUGAUCUAUAUUUCACUGUGCUGGAGACAAAAGGUUCUCGCUCUAUUUAUGGGCCUCGACCUACUAUGCAGGUAGAAGAACUUAUGCGUAGGAAGCUUGCAAAGGAAGCUGCUGAGAAAGAACUUCAGGAGUUUGUGCAACUACUAAAAUCUGCCAAGGCAAUGCCUUCAAAUGCAAAACCCCCGAAAACUUCAUGGGUGGUUGAAGAGAAAAUCCGAUGCAAAAUUGAGUCUCUUGAAGCAUAUGCAAUUGAUGCAUGCAAAAGCAAUGACCAAAAGAGAAUUGCAGGGAUGAUCCUCACAGCAAUGGGAAUGGGGAAAACAGCAUCCUCUGCAUUAAACCUCCUCAUAGAUAUUGGAUACUUUCCUGUCCAUGUCAAUCUUGAUAUGUUGAAGCUCAACAUUCAUACUGAUCAUCCAGAUGAGAUCAUAUCAGCUGCUGAAGAUCUUCUAUCAGAGCCGGUUGACCCAGACAAGAUUAACAGAAAAGAUCUCACUCACUUGAAAGUCUAUGCCAUUGAUGUUGACGAGGCUGAUGAGCUUGAUGACGCAUUGAGUGCAACGAGGUUACAGGAUGGGCGAAUUAAAGUUUGGAUACAUGUUGCAGAUCCAGCACGGUAUGUACAGCCAGGGAGUAAAGUAGACAGAGAGGCAAUGAGAAGAGGGACUUCUGUUUUCUUGCCCACCGCUACUUAUCCCAUGUUUCCAGAGAAACUUGCGAUGGAAGGAAUGAGUUUGAAACAGGGAGAGGUUUGCAAUGCUGUUACUGUAUCUGUUAUUCUGCAUUCUGAUGGCUGCAUUGCAGAAUACUCUGUGGAUAACUCAAUCAUUAAACCAACCUAUAUGCUGACAUACGAGAGUGCAUCUGAGCUGCUUCAUAUGAACCUGGAUGAGGAAGCUGAAUUAAAACUUCUUUCUGAGGCUGCAUCUCUUCGGUUACAGUGGCGUUGUGAACAGGGUGCAGUUGACACAGCCACAUUAGAAACUCGCAUCAAGGUCCCUAAUCCAGAAGAUCCAGAGCCUUCAAUUAACCUCUAUGUUGAAAACCAGGCUGACCCUGCAAUGCGACUUGUCUCUGAGAUGAUGUUACUUUGUGGGGAAGUUAUAGCCACUUAUGGCUCUUGCAACAAUAUUCCUUUACCCUAUAGGGGGCAGCCCCAAUCAAAUAUUGAUGUAUCUGCAUUCGCACAUCUUCCUGAAGGACCUGUCAGGAGCACAGCUAUUGUUCGAAUAAUGCGCGGUGCUGAAAUCGAUUUCAGGAAACCUGUACGCCAUGGAGUCUUGGGACUUCCUGGUUAUGUUCAGUUUACUUCUCCCAUCCGUAGAUACUUGGAUCUUCUUGCUCAUUAUCAGGUCAAAGCAGUUCUUAGAGGUGACUCCCCUCCUCUCUCUGCUGGUCAGCUGGAGGGUAUGGCAUCACUAAUUAACAUGCAAACUAGGGUAGUAAGGAGGCUCUGCAGCAGCAGUCUUCAAUAUUGGAUGAUAGAAUUCUUGAAAAGGCAACCAAAGGAGAAAAAAUAUCGUGCAUUGAUUCUCAGGUUCAUUAAAGAUCGGGUUGCAGCUCUGCUACUAGUUGAGGUGGGGCUUCAAGCAACUGCCUGGGUGUCUCUGGGAACACAGAUAGGAGAUGAAGUGCAAGUUAGGGUAGAAGAAGCUCAUCCACGUGAUGAUAUUAUUUCCCUUAAGGAGGUUGUAGUAUAAGUGACAUGAGGUGGUUGUUUUGAAAGAAUUUUUAUCACUAGAACCACCAAUCCCAAAUGAUCCCAAGGCAUCGUGUUCUUGACUAUAUCCUCUCUGAUGAUAUUGUUAUACGACAGGAUGGUCAUUUAUGCUAAAUUGUUCAUGCAACCUCUGAAGUCUUCGGAGUGCAGAUUUUGGAACAGAUCAAUUGCACUGUCGAUGGAGGAUCCAUAAAGACAUCACCAUUGCAGAAGUUACUGUCUGUGCAAUAACUUUCAGUAGCCAUAUAUCUGUUCGGUUAUGCUCAUGGAAGUGUAUAAUCUGACAAGCAGAAAUUGCCUCGAACUUGUUGCGUCUAUACGGUUCUGGAGAUUUUAAACGACCGGUUUGACAUGCAUAUUGGCGCAUUACUUGGGGUCAGCCUGCUCGUAUCUUUGUUAAGUUUUCUGAACAGAAAGAAGUUUGUAGUGGUGAGAUUUAAAUUUCCAGUUACCAUUCAUGAUAGUCUUGGUAAAUAUCCUUAAUGUAGCAAGAUUUUGAGCCAUUCCCCAUAUCUACCAUUUGUGUUGAUCC